AUGAUGAAGGCACUGUACAAAAGCAUCGUAAACUUUUUGCUGUCCUCCUUUUUUGAAAACAUUGAAGAGAAGCAGCUGCAGACUUCGCUGAUCAGAGGAAAGGUGCACUUGCAGAAUGUUAAGAUCAAGAGGAACUUCUUCGACAUUUUCUAUUUGCCCUACACGAUUCAGUAUGGGUACAUCAGCUCUCUGGAUCUGCAGAUCCCCCUGCUGUACCUCUUCCAGAAGGCGAGCCUGAAAAUCAGCGACGUGGUGAUCGUGGUGAAGGAGAAAAACUUCAACGAUUUUAAUAUCGACCAAGAAAUAAAUGGAAUAAAGGAAGCAAAGAAAAACAAUCUAAAGAUAGAAGACAUAAACAAUAAAGAAGAUGAUCUGAAUAACAAAAUAAACAAAGGGAUUAAUUACCUACUUUACGAACUAUACAAUAAUAUGUCCAUCGAUAUUGAAAAUGUCGAGAUCAUUUUAGAGAGUGCAGAGAAAAAAAAAAACAUUCUAGGGUUGUCAGUUAAAAAUGUGUCUAGUGUCAAAAGUCACAACAGCGCAAACAAGAUAAAGAAAAAUUUCUCCUUCAGUGAUGUGAUCUUUUACAUGGAGGAUGAGAAGGCCAAGUACCUUCUUACCAAAGUGAUAAAGAAGGAAGAGAAGAAAAAAAAGAACAAAAGAAACAUCAACGAGGUAGACAUGUAUAACAAGAUAAAAGAUAUCUGCAACGAGUUACACACAAAGAAGUACAUCGUCUCCGAAAUCCCUCUCCUUGUUUUGAGUACCAAUUUUUACAUCAGUAAUUGUAGCCAGUAUGCUUACCGCAAUGCAAAGUUUAUUUUUAAAAAAAAGAACUUCUUCGAUAUUACAUGCCCACAUUGCGAUAAGUAUCUCUACCAGUGCAAAGAGGUGAAGAAGGAGAGGUCUCUAUUUCGACAUAUAUUUCUUGAGAGGGACGAAAUGGAAGCUCGCAAUAAGAAGCUCUAUGCCGAGUUAAACGCGGAGGUGUGCAGCAGUAAUGGAGAAACGCCCUUCGGCGGGCUGCGCCACGUCAAGAGGAGGAAAAAAAGGAAGAGAAACAAAGGGGCGGACGAACUGGACGAAGAGGAGGAAGUGGACGAAGCGGAGGAAGUGGACGAAGCGGAAGAAGCGAAUGACGCAAACGAAGCAGACGACGGGAUGACUGGGCUAAGCAUCGAUGGGGAGGAGGCCCCACCCCCCACGGGGGAGGCAGAAGCGAACGCCCCAUCUGGAGGAGAAGCACCCCAUCUGAGCAACAAAACAGACGCACCAACCGGGGAAACGGAAGCCCCCCCAAGUGGCCAAUUAUCCCAUGGAAAAAAACCCAAGAAGAUAUCAAAAUAUAGCGAUAAAAACCUCUACUAUCGAAUUAAGGACGGAGGAAAAUGCAUACAUGUUGAAAACGUCCACAUCCUGGAGGAAAAAAUAAAUGUAAAAGAAAAUGAAUACAUGAGUUUCGAAAUUCAUGUAGACAGACUGAAUGUGAGACUGUCUUUUAAGCAACUCAGUUACCUCUACGAUUUAUUGAUGUAUUACUCAGUUUAUGGGUUCUUUGUUAAUGGGCUCUACCUGCAAGAGUGGCUAAAUAUCCCAGAUGUAAAAGACAUCUUAACGUACAAACGAGAAUUAAUAAAAAAGAAGAAGAAGGAAAAGCAUGACAAAGAUUUCAUUGAAAAGUUCGAAUACACACAUAGCUUCCAAGUCAUAUCUAGUUUGAGGAAACUCGCGGAGGAGGCAUGUAUAGUGGGUGGCACCGAAAGGGGUGUGCACACUCUCGACAGUAGCUCCUCUUCUGGGGGAAGACCCAGACAAGAGAAAGAAGGAACUGAUAGCAUCAGCUCCAGUAGCAGCGUCAGAAGCAACUACAACAUCACAGGUGCACAAAACCGAAGCAGCAGUGGUAACCUCUCCGUGAAUUGGAGCUUUACACUCUCCAUUGGAAAGGUUAACUUAACUCUGUACACUCACGAGAAAAUAACAAAAUCCGUGCAGCUCACUAUCGACACGUUUGAGUACCAUUUGAAAAAUUACAUAAAUAAUGACUAUGCGUAUCACAUCCGUUUGAGUGACGCAGGGGUGAACUUCCUCUACAAGGGGAGGAAGUACCCCCUGCUGGAGCUCUUCUCGCAGCAGCGACGGGAGCGGCAACAGCAGCAUCAUCAGCAUCAGCCGCAACAGCACCCGCGACAACACCAGUCGAGGACGCACCAUCACGGCGAGGGCGCGGGCCACAAAAAGGAUGUAUUCAAAAAAGGUAAGUGGAAAAACGAUGGCUACCUCUUCAACACACAUCUGGGCCACAGCCCGGCGUCUGUGAAGGAAAAAUGGGAGACGGCAAAGUGGGAUGCGGCAGAAUGUGAUGCAGAAAAAGGGGAAGCCCCCAAAGGAGAGAUAACCAAACCGAGUGAGUCACAAAAGGCAGACCAUACCCACGUUCGUCUUACAAAACACGACGAAAAUGAUAAAGCGGAACAGGAACACCUUAGAGAGUUCAUAAUGGAACCCGGGCUGACCCUCUUUGUCUACAAGAAGUUCGACACCUCUCAAAGCAAAAUGUACGUCAGGUGCAACCAAAAUGUCCUUAUCACCCUGAGCAUCAGGGAAAUUCACAAAAUCAUGAAUAUGAAUUAUAAGUACAACACAGUGGAUUUAGAGAAAAAAAUAAAAAGCUACAAAAGUCUCUACUACUACUACCUGCUGGGAAAGAAGUACUGCAAGGAACUGUACGUGGCGUCGGAAAAGGAUUUUGUCGAUAUGAAUCUCCAGCUUUUAAACAAUGUGUAUGUCAAUUUAGUCUUAAAUAAGAAAUACUCUCUUCUCGUACGAUUUAAAAGGAUCCGAUGGAAUUCCUUUUUUUUUACGAAGACGCAUUUGAGGAGCCAUGUGGAUCGGCUCAUCAUGCUUUCGGAGCAUAAUGACUUGCAUCAUAAGGGGAAUGUCCGGGGGGAGGAACAGCCCAGGCAGACCCUGCACCCCCCGAGGAAGCGGCUCGAGGGGGGGUCCGAGUUUGGCGGGUCUGCCUCCUCCAUGGAGCUAGCGAGCCAGGGACCCAGCAAGGAGGGCAAGGCAAACAGUAAAGCGGGAAAAAAAGAAGACAAUAAAGCGGAAAAAGAAGACAAUAAAGGAGACAACAGAGCAGAUUCGACGGCGGACAUCACAGAGAGUGGCAGUGCCGGUUUGGGAUCCAACCUCCCCGAUAAGGGCGCCGAGCACGCUCCAGGCCAUUCUCCCCAGGGGAAUUUCCACCCAAAUAAGGGCAGUCCCCAAAAUGCAGCGGAUAUGUCGAGUAGCAACCCCACCAAGGGAAGAGCCCCUAGUGGAAUGACCCCUCCACUACAUAAAGAAGACACAAACGAGCAACACGGUCCGACGAACAAGUGCACAGUCCAUGAAGACACCUCCAUGUGUGAAGACAAUAAACUAACAAUGAAGUACAAGAAGCAUUAUCAACAAUUUCUGCGAAGUUACAAUUUAGAAAAUGUAGACACGGCGAGGGAAAUAUGCGCCAAUAAUAACUCAUGCAGUUUUAGCCGUGAGUGCAGUAUAAAUGGUAGACCCGUCGAUGAUGGACUAAAUGACCAGGGCGUCAAAGGAGAGCAGAGCAGUAAUGACGGGGGAAGUGACCGUCCAACGAUUUCACGUGAGAGGUAUAUCUUAGGUAGUCAACGGAAAAACGUAGCAAGUGAAAAAGUGGAAUCCAGCAGCGAUGUGAACGUGGAGAGGCAGCUCAGAAGAGAGGUCUCCUUCCUCAGAGAACUAGACAAUACAGAGGACCCACACGCGGAGACAGAAGAAAGCGCCAUCACGACCAUAGAGCAAACGAGAGUAAGUUUUGAGUUCUCCAUUUUUAUGAUUAAAAAUAGAAGUGAUGAUAAUAUGAAAAACACCCUGACGGAAAAGAACGAAACAAACAAAAGGUACCUCCUGAAGCCACAAAAAAUGUACCUAGAUCAAAUUACAUACAAUUGGAAUGACAACACAGAGAAGAAGUUGACGUUCAUUCAUAGUAAGGACAAGCAUCAUGUGACUCUUAACAUUGAUGACAAGAUGAUCUUCAAAUUUGUCUUUUACUACUUCCACUAUGCGAAUUAUAUUGACUAUAUUAGUCACUAUUUUAGGAGCAAGAACGAGGGCAGCUAUUUGAAUUUAAAUACCAUCGACAUCCGCAGCUAUAAGACUUUGCAGAUUUUGCUGGACAACGCGAUGGUAGAGAAAGAGGUGGCAGAUAAAGCCGUGGUAGAUAAAGCGGUGAUGGAGAAAGCCGUGGUAGAUAACGCGGUGGUGGAGGAGGUGACAGCCGGUGAAGGUGAGGCUACGCAGGAGGGUGCAAAGGGAGAGGGGGACACCAACCAGGUGACUGCUACGGAGGAAGGCCUCCCCAUCCAGAGCGUACAGACUUACAUCGAGAAGAAGGAACCUUCCAAGGAAGGGGCUCAUGAGGAAACGCCCCAGGCAGCGCACCACCAAAAGGACGACAUGGAGGAGGACGGGAGGAGUGGCAAGGCUCACGAAGGGAAGAAGAGGCCCGAAAGAAAGGACAGCCUAAUGGUGACCCAGUACAAUGGCCACGGAAGCCAGCACAGUCGUCUUGGAAGCCAACACAAUCGCCACGGAAAUAAUGAGGAGCACACAGGAAGGGAGAACCCCCCAAAUAUCACCCCCCAUAGGGAAAACACCACCGGAGGAAAUAAACAAGAAGUUAUCGUCUUUGUGGAGAAGGCGAAGUUCCAUCUGAAUAAUUACAAAAGGAGCAAGAGAAUGGUAUCGGUGCAUUUGUCGGAUGUCCUCAUUUAUACAUUCAACGAUUCCUGUGUCUCAACAAUGGCUCUAAAUAUGAAGAAGAUAAACCUUCUGAAUUGUCUCCUGAGCGAAGAAUAUCAGAACAACUUCAUUUCGUAUAUAGAAAGAACCAGUGUGGCGAGUAGGCUGAGCAGGAAAAACUCCAAACAUAAUGACAUAAAGAGGACCAAUAGUGGUGAUAGCACUUAUUUUUACCACAGUGUACUCAAGUUAGUAAACAAUGGAAACUUGAUGUUUUCAUAUUCCUGCCGAAAUAAUGUAGUCAGUGGUUCUUCAGAGAAGUUUCAAAACAGGUCGUAUGUGAAAGAUGGCAGGACAUCUGUGCAUUACGGGAAGAUUAGCGGAGGAGAAGAGGGAAGAACACUUGGGACGAGGACAAUCGGGGGAGAGAAAGGCACUGAUGGGAGACUCCCCGUCGAGGCACAGGGGGAAGAAUCCGAUGGAGUGCGGUACCUGAAGACAGAUAACUAUAAGCAGUUAGACAAUAUGUAUGCAGAUAAAGGGGCUACGAACCCGAAUCAACCACAGCAGACCAAGUUAAAGAAGAAGGAAUGCACUAGUGUCGACUUCGUUCACACCAGUUACUACAAUAAUUUGAACACAGAUUAUUUUACUUUUAGUGUAGAGAACAUGCCGGGAGGCGAGGAUACCAGGUUGCUGACGAGUGGAGAAGAGACACAGCUGCUAACCAGUGGAGAAGGAACACAGCUGCUAACCAGUGGAGAAGGGACACAGCUGCUAACCAGUGGAGAAGGGACACAGCUGCUGACCAAUGGAGAAGAGACACAGCUGCUAACCAGUGGAGAAGGGACACAGCUGCUGACCAAUGGAGAAGAGACACAGCUGCUAACCAGUGCAGAGCAGGGUGUGGACGCCUCCCUGGGGGAACAAACCUCGGGCAGGAAGAACGAGCGGUAUAGGAGUUGCUUGGAGGUGGCUGACGACGAGGCGGCGCAAGGGGAAGUAUCUGGAGCGGUGUCAGGUGCGGCGUCCCGAGUAGCAUCCGCAGUAGCAUCCGGAGAGAUGUCAAACAACGCGGCUGAGACGAAUCAUGGUAAUCAACUCGCGACGGAUGCUGUGAACGAAAGGGACGGCCCCAAGGGGGACACCGCCACGAAUCCCCCGCCCAGUGGAUCCACCCCGGAAAGUGCAAAGCCGAAGGGGGAUAGCAACAACACAGAGAGCAGCCAAGGGGGAGGAAGCACAGAGGGAAAGGCCUCCUCGAAAAAUAAAAGAAGGUCAGAGUAUGAAAUAUACAAACCCAGGGAUGUGAAGAGAGCGAAACGAUUGGACAGCAACAACGUAGGCCUCGUGGAUGGAGAGGAGGACGAAAAUGGAAGUGAUGAUCAUGGAGCACACUGCGAGAUGGACGUCGCCCCCCCCGAUGGGGCAGACAAAAAUGAGGAUAAAAAUAAAGACAAAGACGAACACCAAUACGACGAAGCAGAGCAUGACGAAGAAGAAGAGGACGAUUUUUACCACGAAGAGGAAGAAGAGGACCAUGAGGAACACUACCAUGUAGUAAAAAGCAAAAAAAACGAAAACAUAAAAAAUGUGCAGCUUUAUUUAGUCAAUGCAGAAUUGAUUAUAGACUACUUGUACUUGCUGAACCUCUACAAGUGGAUCUCCAAAUUGGGAAAGAAAUAUGAGAGGAUUAGAAAGAUCUCCUCAUACGCUUACUCAGAUAAUAACUCCGUGGAGGAGAGUGCCAGUGUGAAUUUGAACUCGGUCAAAUACAACUACAGCGCAUUUUUGCAGAACAACAGAAUCUGUGUGCCCAUAUAUCAGUUCACCAUUACACAAUACACCUUCUACGAGAACGUGCGGUGCAAUUCGUACGUGUCGCUGCUGCCCGUUCUGGAGCUGCACUUCUCCGCCUCGUGCAAGUCGACCAACGAACACAACGAGGAAACCAAGUCCAUCCACGUAUGCCGCCUCGGGAGCAAGCUCGUGAUGCCAGCCUUAAACAUCUAUACCCAUAAAAAGAACAAAAAGUGCAGCAUAUGCCUCCUAAGCUUCAGCACCAGAGAUAAGGGUAAUGAGACGAUUGUAAACGAUCACAGGUUUCAAAUAAAUGUGAAGAAAAAAAUAAAGGAUGACGAUGCACAGGAGGACAUUGACCGGAGCAGCAGUGCCAGUAGCUGUUACGAGAAUAUGAAUCUGCUCCCUUACUACUACGAUCCCAAGUAUAGGUCUCUGAAUACAUACUUCUCCGCGAUGACGCCGCAUUCUCUGGAUGACGGAAGGGCGGAUGGAGAAGAAGGGGGCAGUGGGCAGUCCUAUGGAAAGGAAAUCAUAAGCAUACACAACGACCCGCUCAUCAUUAACGUGUCACACGAAAUUUUAAAGAACGUCUUGUUGUGCCACAGCACGUUUAUGUGUUUUUUGGGCGCAUGGACGGGGGUGGAAGGCGACGCCGCGGUUAACGGUGUGGUUAGCGGUGCGGUCAUCGAUGCAGUCAGCGGUGGGGAGGAGGGGCAAACCAGCCUCGUGCAGGACGCGCUUCUUUACCUGUACAGGAAGGCGCACGAGCUGUUGUUUGAGUACCAUCUGGACGACCUGCGCAUCCACUUCUACAACGGAAACAGCAACCGAAACAUGCCAGUCAUAGUGCUCAGCAUAUUCAAUCUGAAGCUCUUCUUGCAGAAGGACACCGAACACAUAUACAGCUUCUUCAAUCUACACAUCAACAUGGACGUCUUCGAUAGCUACAAAAUUGUAUAUGAUACUCUCCUGGAAAAAAUGGAGAUUCUCUUGGCCUUCGAAAAUGAAAGGAACAACCUAAGUCUCUUGAACUUCAAAUUGGAGACCUCCAUUAUCAACAUAUUGUAUGCAAACAAGAGUAAAAAUAUAAUCAUCGAGUUUGUGAUUUCUCUGGUUGAGAACGCGCUGACCUUCAUGAAUUACUACUACUACGGGAAUGGCAGCCCUGUGGUAGUGGGCUCGUAUCACGAGGGGGCGGCAAGCGGUGGAGUACCCGCAGGAGGAGUAGCAGCGGAUGGAGUGGCAACCGGGGCAGCGCUAUUCUAUGACAAGCGAGGAAUCGUGGUGCCGAACUUCGCACUAAACAGCGCCCUGGGAAUUGGAGAUAUGAGAAGGAAGAACGCCAAGCUGUCCGUGUCCGCUCCGCACCUCUCAUCCAAGAUAUAUAACUACACAGGACUUCCAAUCAACGUGAGAUUUAAACAAUCACUGAGGAACAAAGUGGAAAACAGUUUGUAUAAAAAUCAAAAUAAAAACCGUUUCAUCUUCUACGAGUUGCAGAAAAAUGAGCAUGGAGGAUUGCUGAACGAUGAAAAUGGGGAGGUCUGCGAGCUGGUUGUGAUUAUUAAACUCUUUAAUUAUGUCUACGAGAUUGUAGACAUCGAGAGGACUAAAAAUAUUUGCGACAUUCGAUUCCUGCCAAUAUUAUACCACUUAAAGAGGAUAAACAAAAAGAGAAAAAUCACCAUCAAGAAAUAUGACCUAACUUGCGAUACAUAUAAUGAACACACAGUGAAGAAUAAAGUUUUUAAGACAUUCAUUAAGCUGUACAUACAAACGAACAUCGACGAGAAGGGUAUCGUGUCGAUAUAUUUCUCCUCCAAUUUGUAUGUGAAUAACACUACGAGCAAUCAGUUUGUUAUUCUAUUUCAUCCCAUUUUACAUUACUUUUUGCGGCACAAUGAAGCGCAGCAUCAUGCUCACAAGGGGAUUGAUCACAUUAAGACGCUUAAUCGGGAAGACACACACAGCGCCAAUCGUGGAGGUGCUGUUACUGUUAUAGGGAAAAAGGAGAAAUACUACUUACCGAUAAUCUCCUUCGUUCCCAUUAUGAUCCUCUUUGAUUACAUGAACAACAGGUGCAACCUCAGUGAGGAACCCAGAGAAAACGACAGCAGCGGGGAAGAAGAUAGAGAUGGAGAAACCGACUCUGGGCGAAGCAUCCAAAACUUCAGCUCGUGUGUGGAGAAAGAAAUCAGCGCAAGGAGGAAACGAAGGAGGAAGAACCACUCCGAGAGCUUCUGCUAUGAGGAGAACAGUCCCAUUGGGGGGGGAGCAGUCACAGAAGGGAAAGACUUCCUAGGGAAGAAGCACUCUCAGAGAGACGAUGAACUGGGAAUAACCUCCACUCAGGGGACACCCCGCAACAGAAGAACUUUGACCCUAUUGAACAAAAGCAAAAUGAGUAAAAUAGUGAAGAGGUUGGAAAAGUACCUAAACGAAAACAGCCAAAGUUAUAAUCUUAAAAAUAUUAACUACGUCUAUAUCGUGAAGAAAGAGUUUUACGAUUUCUACAUGCACAAAUAUGAGCAGAAUAAGAAGUGCUACUUUGAUGUGUUUAACUUUCUGAUUAAGAGUGGGGCGAAGAAGCUACUAGGGAACUCCUCCAUUAAGGAGAUCGUCUGCAGGCACUCCUUCGAUUUUUUGAAAUACAACUUGUACGCUCAUACGCUCAAGUUGAGGGGCAUGAAGGUGAUUCACUACGAUAGGAAGGAGGGUCGUAAUGACAGGAAUGCUGAACAGGCAGGGAAGGCAGAGAAAGCUGCGGAGGGUGCAAAGGGAGCCGACGGGCUGGUGGCUCCUAUCAAGUCGGCACAGGAGGCGCCCGAUGGAAACUGCACAAGUGGCCUCUCCAUGAGUGGCCUGUCCAGGAGGGAUUCCCUCUGCGAAGGAAAGACCCUGAUGGCCAUCAUGAAUAAUUAUGAGAAGGAAGGGGGGGCCAUGAUAGGGAGCGUAAAAGGGAGCGUCAAGGGGAGCGUCAAGGGGAGUGUCAAAGGGAGCGUCAAAGGAAGCGUCCAAGGGAGUGCCGUCGGCCGGACGGACAGGCACGGACACAGGUCGAGGGAACGGAAGAUGAAUAACCUGCUCAUCGCGAAGGAGCGAAGGAUCUCCACAACCGGGAGCAUGAUACUGUAUGACCUGGGAAAGGGCCCCAUGGGGCGGAAGCGCCUGCGCAAUAGUGAGUUAGCGCUCGGGCGCAAACUCCCAAAGGAGGGGCCGCAGCGGAGGGGCAGUGCAGCAAAUGGGGAAAGUGGAGGAAGCGGAGAAAGCGCUGACGGGGAUGACAGCGGUCAGAAGAAUGUCACAAAAGACUCGCACACGGUGAGAAGCCAAUGCGAAGAUAGAAGCAAAAAGCUAGUGUUCACCGCUCAGAAGCAGUGCAACUACAGCAACACAGUCAUCUGUGAACAGAAAAAUUUAGAAGUCAACAAAGUGUAUUCUUUCGGAAUUUUAAUAAACUACAUCUUCGAAGUACACAAUCUGAUGUUUGAAGAAAUAAAGAUCGGUUAUUGUGAGAGGUACGUGCUAAAUGGUGUUGCAAAGAAGGUCAAGAGGAUAAGAAAGGACGUGAUCUCUGCCAAGUCGGUGAGUUACUUAGAUGUAAUCCCUACCUACAUCAAGCUGUUUUACGUGGUCCAAAGGGACAAAUAUGUGUAUAAUUUUUUCUCCAAAAAAAUCGAGUUACAACCAAUGAGAAAUACCUAUGACGAUAAAUCCUUCCAAGUUCAAAUGUACAUUGGGUAUAUAAAUGAUAAUGAGAACAACGUGAUUUAUAAGAAGAGGAGAUUCAAAUUGAGUUACCUUCUGUGCAGAAGGAACAAGUCAACUUAUGGGAACAGAAAGAAGUAUGUCUAUUUGGGUCCGAAGGACUAUGCCAAGCUGUGUAGGGAAAUCCCAAAAUACUUUUUUCUGAACCUAACUUUGAGGAAAAAAAGCACCUUUACAAAUUCCAACUAUGAUGAGAACAAUCUGAAGCACCUAGUCGAUAGCAACGUGUCUCAGUUGCUGAUCUACUCUGCCUUUUUCUUUCAAAAUAAUCUGUGUAACGACUUGAUAAUUCGGUCCAGUGGUGGUAAUGCGCAGAAGAUUAGAAGCAACUCGGGGAUGUUCUUUGGAGACACUGAAAAUAGUAAAGUCGUAUUCGAAAUUGUUUCCAAUAAUCAGACGUUCCUUUCGAAGAAAAUCAAAAUCGAUGAGGUCUGUCUGAACAAAAAGAUCAUUCUUACCAGUAAGAACAAGGAAGAAAACAUUUUCCUCUCCAUGAGUAUAACUCUGAAUGGCAAGUUUUACAACACAAAAACGGUCACGCUGAAUAAUAGGUACACCAUCGUUAACAAUACGAACCGGUGCCUGUACGUGGAGGAGGUGAGCAAAGAGUUUAAGAUUAGGAAGAAGGAGAAGAAGAACCUGAACUUGAAAUUUCCCAAUAAUUAUUCCUUCUCCAUGGAAGGUAUGAACAGCAAGAAGGCUGUCAAAUGCAGUGAGCGUAUGGCCGAGCGGAUUGACAUUUCCCCCAGCGAGGCAAGCGAGACCAGCGAUGAGUCGAGCGGUAGGAAAGCAGAAGGAAACGGCGCCAGAAAAGGAGAACGAAGUGCCGGAAUCGGCGGAAGCGAGGGCUCUCCCCCCGUGCGCGUCGUCCAAAUAAAACCCUACGAGUCGUUUUACUACCACCCCAUAAACACAAACAAGUGCCUCCUUAAGUUCUCCUACACGGACAUCAACACGUGUAUGAAGGACGAGCACUUCCUCCGUAGGAAGGGCAGCUACGAAUGCAUGAACAACGAGCAGGACGUUACCAACUUGUUUAAUAAUUAUUUGAAGAAGAAGAUCAUAAAGUCUAGGAACAUGUCGAUGAUGAAUGGGGGGGAGAAGUCCAAAUGCCGUUCGGAGAGCAGGCAGGAUCUGCUCAAUUUGUUCUUCACCAGCCCCGUGGACAUUGAGAAGGUGGGGAAUUUAAAGAUCUAUCACAAGGCGAUUAGGAGAGUGGAGUGUGCUGACUUGGGGACUGACUCACGGGGGGGAAAGACAGGCGAUGCGGUGACCCAGACCGAGGAUAUCAUCAGCCCGGGUGAGAGGAACGGCGUAGGGGGAGACACGGUCCUCCUGGUGGGGGGCGACCCCAGAGAGAGCGACGCGCGGUCGAGGCGUAGCGCGGAGUCAUGUGAGAACUUCGUCAUCCAGGUCGGCGCAGAGGGAGGGACCCCCUCGAGCAAUAGCCCCGCGGAAUGCGACAGACCCGAUAACUACAGUAGCCCCGCCAAUUGCGUCACCCAUGAGUAUCGCGAAGAGAGCGUCAUCACCGAAGUCAACAUCGCGCUGAACAGCGACACGAACGUGGAGAUAACCGUCUCGAUCGAGAAAAACCCAGACACCAUCAUCUGCAACUUAACGAAGUAUUACCUCAUAUAUUACCAACGGAAGACGAAGAAAAAAAUAGUAAACUUGUUGAAGCCAUUUGGUCGAGAAAUCUUCGGAUGGUCCGACGUAUCGAAACCAAAAGUCGUUAAGUGCUUCCUGAUUUACCAAACGAAUGAAGUGUAUGUCUUUUCAUGCAGCGUGAACAUAGUGAAGGAACACAACACCAUCGUGUUGAAUCAGAACAAAAAGAUUAACGUGGUGACGAAAAUUGAAAAUGGAAAGAGAGUGUUUUGUUUGGAGGAACUCUCAAAUGAUGGGAUAGGGAAUAUUCACCCCCUGGGGAUCCCUUCGUCCUAUGCUUCCAAGAAGAAAGGGUUCAGUCGAUUUAAAAGGAAGAGCAAAGUGCAUAAGAAGAUGAAUCUGUAUAGCAACUUCCAGUCCAGCAAUGAAUUUAAGAAGAGGCAAGGGACACGAAAAGGGGAAAAAAAUGAUGAUCAUCAUGAUGAUGAAAUGAAAAAGAAGAAACUGACUUUCCUUCACAAGAAGAGAUUCAACAUUGUCUACAUGAGGAAGAAAAAUCGGAAGAAGAAAAAGAAAAAAAAAAACAAGUACUUCAGCAUCGCGUCGUUCUUUCUGCUCAAGAAUAUGGACCACUCCGGCAGGCCCAAGAGGGGAGAAGAGGAAGCAGAAAUGGAAGAAGUGGAAGAAUGGGAAAAAGGCGAAGAAGUCAAAGGAGACGAAGUCAACGGGGGAGAAGCUGCCAAGGUAGUUAUACAAGAAAGUGUCAACCGCAUCUUCAGCAGCGGGGGUGGAAGAAACUUAAACGAGUCGGACUGCGCAGAAGUUAAGAAGACAAAGAAGAGCUCCAUCCUGGCCAAAAGCGAAGAUAAGAAGUCCCCCCCCGUGAAGAAGUCCUCCUCCAAAAACAGGAAAUUUUCGUCCAAAAAGUACAUUAAUCGAUUUUUUUAUGAGAAUUACACUAAGAGGAAGAACGGCGUCACGGGCAAAAAGAAGAGAAAGUGGGGGGGGCGCAGGAGGGACUCCACGGGGGUGAUCGUGCAGGGGGGCGAGGCAGGCGAUGAAGGGUUAGAUGAUGAAGGCUUAGACCACGAAGAUGGCAAUGAUGAUGACCGCCUAGACGACGAAGGUGCCGAUGAUGAUGACCGCCUAGACGGGGAGAAGGCCCAGCCCAAGAGCUACCUAGACACGUACCUGAGCAAGGAGGGGGAGAACCGCCCCCGGAAGGCAAAGCUCCAAACGAAGAAAAACAAAAGUAAAAAAAAAAAAAAAAAAAAAAAACUCAAAAGGAAGCUCAGCGAUUACAUACUUAAGAAGAUAAAGAAGAACCAGAAGAAGCUGAAGGGGCUGAAGAAAAUUUAUCCCACCUUCCUCAAGGGCAGCGGUGGGGGAAGACGCAGGAGGCGAGAUGACUUGAACUUCCUCAUGAGCAGCUACAUUGAGGGUAUGGACGACCAGGAGGGGGAGAACGUCAAGGGGGGAAGAAGGGGCGGCGCGAUUGAGGAAGAAGCCAUGUUGGCGGAUGGGAUUAGCGCCAAUGAUCCCCACGGGGAUAGCGAGGGUGAUAACCAGGAUGAUAGCGACGUAAAUCGUAAUGGACAUAGUAGUAAUGGAGAAGACUCGCACAGCGACGGCGUCAACUGUGCAGGAAAGGAUUCACUCCACGAGGAGAGAAGUGCCUCGAAGGAAAAUGGAGGCAGCCAAACGGACAAAAAGGAGAAGGAAAAAGAUAAAGUGAAAAAAAUUCUUACCAAUAUACACCUAAUGAUGAAGGGAAUUAAAGUAAGUCUCUUCGAGCCCACUUCAGAUUACAUGAUUUCGAUGGAAUUAAACAAUCUCGUGGUGAAGAAAGAGUACAUGGAAGACAUCGAUUACUUCAACGUGGACGUAAAGGUCGAUAAUGUGCUCUGUUAUGUGGUAUACAAAUACCUGAGUGCCUACGCCAUCCUCUACAUUAACAAUGAUAUAAAAAUGAAGAACAGCAACUUGCGCUUUUUUAUCAACGAGUUAGAGAUUAAACGAAAUUUAUUUUUAAAAAAAAAGCAUCGUGUCUACAAUCAAAAUGGAGAGAAACUGGACAAGUGCUACAACGCUGCCUCCGACAAUGAAUUUUUGGUGUGUAAUUUCCAAUACAUGAGGAAGUGCGAAACGCUUUUUAUCAAAUACUUCCUUCUUAGCAUCAAGCCCAUCGUGAUCAAUGCGGACAUAAACUCCAUCACCGUUCUUUUUUACUUCUACAAGACGUUCGAUAGCUAUGGAAAGAAGAGGGAGGCCUUGGGGGAAGAGGCGGUGGUGGUUAGCGGUGGGGUCAGCGGCGGGGUCAGCGGUUUUACUAACGGGGUUGCUAACGGGGGUGAUGCCCACAGCGCUUCUCCCCGCGCGGAGAGGAUCGACCAGGGGAUGACCUCCGCACAGGCGCGCCAACUGAAAAACGAGCUGAAGAACACCUAUCACUCCUCGCUGGAUCCGUUCGAGACGGUGGAGACGUCCGCAGAGAGGGAGCUGCGCGAGCAGGAGAAGGGCUGGGGAGAGGCGAUCGGCCAGAUAGGCGCUUCCCCGGUGAGUGGUGAACUGCUCAGCGGUAGUCCAGUUAGUGGCGGAUCCGGUAGCGUUAUCCCGUUUAGCGGUGGCCCUGGUAGAGGUGUCCUCUUUGGAGGAAUCCCCUCGUGUGUGCACGAGGAGCGGGCCCCCAUAAGCGCGACGCCGGAGAAGAAGGAAGAGACGAGCAGCCACAAAUAUGUCUACGUGCAAUACAUCAGUAUAGACAAAAUAAACAUCCUCCUAAACUUCCAAUCAGAAUACAAGAAGGAAUUAAACAGUCACGUCAGUAAUUUAUUUUACAAGGAAUACAUAAGUGCGUACAACAAACUAGGGGACAUUUCCAACUGCAACAUCUGUCUGAAGAGUCUCUCAAACAUUCAUAUCUUUACCAACUAUACUCUCCUGUCAAACUUUCUCCUCAACUUUUACUUCAAUCAGACGAUAGUAAAUAUCUCAAAUCUGCUGAUAUCUUUUAACAUCAUUGGAAGCCCCACGUCCCUCAUUGCUCACGUGAAGAAAGCGUUUCGUGAUUUCUACUACAUAGUGAAUGAUGACAGUGCGCUGAGGAAGGGCCAUAGCAGCAAGAAUAAAAAGAGACUAAUGAAAAUGCGCAGACGUAGAUGGAAGGACAACUUAGCAGAGGAGGAAUUGUACACAAAACUUCAGGAGAAAGGCGACCUGCUAAACUUGUUUGAGGGAUCUAAUGAAAGCUCACUCAUUGGUGAUAAAGACGACAUUAUGGGUAACGAGAGGUACAUUAUGCAUCUGCUGAAUGAUUAUAACAGCUCCUACCAGGAAAACAUGCUCAGUGAGGACAACCACCUCAGCAUGCUCAGGCGCAGCGUGAGUUGGGACAUGGCCAAGAAGGACUACGACGAGGACGCGUGCAGUGUCAGAAGUGAGGGAAGUGGGAGAAAUCGUGAGAGCGUCAGAAAUGGCCGGGGAAGGGUUAACUCAAUUGGCAGUGUCAGCGGUGACAGCCACACCAGCGACGCGACUGACGUUGUCGACCUGUGCGGCGUAGACCAUGUGACGGGCGUCGUGGACACGUGCGACCUAGUGGCUGUCAGCGGGGUCAGCCGAAUCGGUGCGGACGAGGACUUCGGCGAGAAUGGAAACUACCUCUACAGCAGCGACAUAAAGAAUCGCGAGUUGGAGAACCUCGUCAUCGACGACAACGCGUCGCUCAACUCUCUGCUGUUUAACACUCAGAAGGAGGAUAUCAUUUUUAUGGACGGGGGCCGCCGCCGGGAGAGGGGUGCCAGGCGCGGUUCGAAGAGGGACUCAAAAGGGGACUCCAAAAGGGAAUCAAGAAGGGAGUCAAAAGGGGACACAAAAGGAGACUCAAAAAGGGACACAAAAGGGGACUCCAAAAGGGACACAAAAGGAGACUCAAAAAGGGACUCAAAACAGGAUUCGAAGCGAGAUUCAAAACGCGAUUCCAAGCGAGAUUCCAAGCGUGACUCGAAAAGCCGCUCCGCAAACCGCUCGUCCAACCGGUCCCAGAAUGACACAAAAAAGGGAGGAAAGAAAAAGCGGAGGUGUCUACCAGCGCUGAUGCGCAAGUGCUGGGGAAACGUGUGUUACGUGCUUCUAAGGGGAAAGCGGCUCUGCAUAGGAGUGUACGUACUGAUAUUUGAGUUGGUGCUCUCAUUGCUCUUCUCGGUGACGCUGAUCCUCCAAUCUCUAAUCAGUCUGAUCGAAAAAAUCAACAUCAACAACGCAGACAAUGUGUUCCGAAUAUAUCGAAGAAAAGACGAAGGAAAGAAAACAGUGGCAUUCAACUGCAUAGAGGAGUACAAAAAUUUCAACCCUACUAAGUUACUCUCCUAUUACGUUAACAUUUAUAUCAACAUGAUCAGUGUGGUGUAUUACAAUGUCCUGUAUAAAAUAAAAAAGAAGAGGAAGAAGGACCUUUCAAAUGAGAACAAAUUAUUCAUGGCGAAUUUCAAGAUGAAUUUGAAUAAAAGGAGGAGGUUAUCCUUCUUCUUUAAUUUUCUUCUAAGUAUCGUUCAGAUAGUAAAUCUGUUUUUUUUUGGACACCUGGUUUUUUUCCUGUUAUGUUUACUAACCAUCAAUGCAUUGUUCCAAGGGAUCCUUCGUUUUUUCGUCGAGCUUGUCUACUUCCAGAUGAACAAGAAUCAGUUAGACUUCUUCGAUAAUGCCAAUAGGAAUCACUUAAACAUAGUGAGUUACAUACGGAUUCAUCAGAUUUUGAAUCGAUACACAAUGUUGAAAGAACCGUUUAAGUACUUCCUGUCUUACCAAGACUUCUUUGAGUUGCCUUCGGUGAAGAAAGUGAGUUAUUUUGUGUACACCAAGGAACUCUUUUUUCACAUCCAGGAGAAUAGAAUUAACUUUUUAUUUCGGAAGAGCGAUUUGAAGAAGGUCGAUGUUAUUAUAAACACUGUGAGCAACAGCUUCGCCAUUAACAGCUACUACAAGCGGAGUGCCCAGCACUCCUCGCGCAAGAGCCGCUCCGGAAACACGCUUCCGAGGAAUAAUCUCUCCAACUGCACCGUCACCAUGGAAAACCUCACGUGCGAAGAGCACCCCAGUGGCGCGUCCUCCCUGAGCCACAAAACAUGCACGUCAAACGAACUCAGAGAAAACAAAAACAUCAUCUGCUUGCUGAACGCUGAACUGGCUCUAACCAAGAGAAACGAGAUAAUCAACCUAAACAAGAAAACAAACGAGCAGGAUAUCUCGAUCAAAAUUACCAUCCGAAAUAACAUGAACGUCAUGGAGAACGUUUACUACAGUCCCACCAAGUUUUUCAGAUCUUUUUCCAAAAUGCAGAAGAGGUUCAAUAACAUUUACCUGCCCCUGUCGAAGAGUGCAAAUAACAAGGCCAAGUGUAAUACUUCCAAAUGUCACAGUGGAAAGAAGGACACUCAGAGUGGAGGAGACUCCUCAGGAAAGAGGAGCCGUGGCUGUCUAGGCACCAUCUGGUGCGCUGUGAAGAGCUUCUUCGCGUGCUUGUCGUUUCUACUAUUGUGUUGUUUGAGGAGACCCAAGGAAGACACACCUCAACCCAAGGGGAGUGGCGCUCAUCAGAAGAAGGGCCCCCAGAAGACGAAUGAGGCUGCCAAGGAAAGAGACGUCCAACAGAAAAACAAGAAAGUGCGCAGCAAGGAUUACAAGAAAAUUGCUCCCAAACAUAUCACCUUUAAGCUCAAUUUUGACGACUUCCAGACCUGUCUAAAUAUUUUUGCAUGUCUGUGUCGGUUUGUUAACAAGAACUAA